AUGGCCGACGUUGAAAUGAAAGAAGCUGCUGCCGCAUCUUCCUCCAAGGCAAAGGGGACUAAGUCUUCGGAAGGCGCCAGUGAUGGCAAGAAGAAGUUUGAAGUCAAGAAGGUAACUAUACUCCGGAGUAUACACAGCCAUCUAGAAGGGACUCCUCGAGCUAAUCUGAAUUUCCGUCUAGUGGAACGCUGUGGCUUUGUGGGCUUGGGAUAUCGUCGUCGACAACUGCGCCAUCUGCCGUAA